AUGAGCAGCAUCCUCCCUAGAGUAUCCACCAAUAGCGGAUACAAACGCGUCGACGUGGACGAUAGACCGAAAAGAGUCCGGUUCGGCUGGAAGAAGUUUGCGAUCGUUUCGUGUAUCGUAAUUGGGCUGGUAUGGGCUUUUGGACCGAGGGAGAGGAGAGAGUCGAUUGUUGAUACCAUUAAGUCUCCGACAUGGGGGCGACCAACUCGACCUCCUCCUCCAAACGAUGACAAAACCGUCGGAACACCUGAAGACCUCUACGACCACAAGCCAGUUUCUUCCUCCCGUCCGACCUCAACUCCCCACUCUCCAGCCGAAGAUCCAGAUCCGUUGAAAACCGUCUACUGCAAACGCCCAUACGACCCCGACGCCAAGCUCGUCCAAUACGCACUCAUGAUCGAUGCAGGUUCAACAGGUUCACGUAUCCAUAUUUAUAAAUUCAACAACUGCGGACCUUCACCAGCAUAUGAAUACGAGGUAUUCAAAAUGACUAAACCAGGACUGAGCUCGUACAAAGGUGACCCACUCGGUGCAGCGGAGAGUUUGGAUAUUUUAUUGGACGAAGCUGUUGCUGUCGUACCCAAAUCUUUGCAGAGCUGUACACCUGUUGCUGUUAAAGCUACUGCUGGGUUACGUCUUCUCGGUGCUGAUGAGAGUAACGAAAUUCUCGCGAGUGUGCGCCACCGAUUAGAAGAAAAGUAUCCGUUUGCUGUGGUGGAGAAGGACGGCGUGGUGAUUAUGGACGGAAGCGAUGAAGGCGUCUAUGCAUGGAUCACUGCCAAUUACCUCCUCAACACCAUCCGCGCCGACUCACCUGCCAACACUCAUUCAUACGCCGUUCUCGAUCUCGGUGGAGGUUCAACGCAAAUCGUGUUCGAACCGGACUUUGAAGAUGCUACACACUUCGUUGAUGGGGAACAUAAAUACGAGUUAACGUUCGGUGGAAAGAAGCAUAUCUUAUAUCAGCAUUCGUACCUUGGAUAUGGAUUGAUGAGCGCAAGGAAGAGCAUACACCGUCUUGUAGAGUUCAUGUCUACGUUCAACAAGGAUCCUGGAGCAGAACAUCCAGAUCCAGAAGAGGAAAUUCCGAAUCCGUGUUUGUACAAGGGUUCGUCACGGAUUGUCGAACUGGAUGCAACGUCGAGUGGUGAGGAAAAGCGGAAUGUUACUAUGGCUGGUAAGGAUAUCGGUUCGUUUGAAGCUUGUAAUCGCGUGGUGGAGCUCGUCAUGGCCAAGGAUGCUAUCUGCCAAACAAAGCCAUGCUCCUUCAACGGCGUCUACCAACCCUCGAUCCUCGAAACCUUCGCAAAAGGCAACGUCCUCCUCCUAUCCUACUUCUACGACCGUCUCGCUCCCUUCUUCCCCCCGUCAACACUUCCAGAACAACUACAAGAACAACUAACAGUAAACACCAUCGCCUCACUCGCUCGUGACGUCUGCCAAGGCCCAGCAGGGUGGUCAAAAACAACCUGGGGCUCAUCCUUCGUCCCUCCUUCUUCCUCUUCCUCUUCCUCUUCGUCAGAGAAAAGUGAACUACAAGAAGAAUUGGAAGGUCGACCGGAAUGGUGUUUGGAUCUGACUUUCAUGCAUGCGUUGUUGAGGUUGGGGUAUGAGUUCCCUGCUGAGAGAGGUGUGAGAGUUGAGAAGAAGAUUGAGGAUACGGAGUUGGGGUGGUGUCUUGGAGCGACGAUUGCGAUUGUUGGUGGGGAGUUGACGUGUCGGGUUUGA